UUUCUUCUUCAUACCUUGUAUUAAAAUUAUCUACGAUAAUUACCUCGGAGCCGGUUUCUCCAAAUUACCUUCAUCAUCAAUCCUUCAUUGCUUGUCUGACUACGUCCUUCUCAACUAUGAGGCUAUCUACCAGUAUUCUAAUGGUCAUCACGGCUGUCUUUGCAAGUGCUGCAGCAUUUGAUGUUAGUUGCAACAGCAACUACGCUUCAUACUACGGCCAGAACUCUGCACGCAACCAAAAGUCCCUCGGCACCUACUGCCAGGAUGCAACUGAAGAUGUCAUCGUUCUGUCGUUCAUGAACGGCUUCCCUAACCUCCUCCUCAACUUUGCCAAUGCCUGUGAGACGACCUUCCCCGACAGCACUCUGCUCCACUGUCCCGAUAUGGCAAAGGAUAUUAAGCUGUGCCAGUCCAAGGGGAAGGCUGUCGUCCUUUCCAUGGGUGGCGCUUCGGGUGCCUAUGGAUUUUCGAGUGACUCUGAGGCCACCACUUUUGCCGACACCGUCUGGAACAAGUUCUUCAAGGGUACCGAUUCUCAGCGUCCGUUCGAUGAUGCCGUUCUUGAUGGCAUUGAUCUCGAUAUCGAAGGUGGUGGUGCGACUGGGUACAAAGCGUUCAUUGACCGCAUGCGCUCGCACUAUGCCUCUGACUCAAGCAAGAAGUACUACAUCGCGGCUGCUCCUCAGUGCCCGUAUCCUGAUGCCUACCUUGGUUCCGUGAUGAACAAUGCUUGGUUCGACAUGGUCUACGUCCAGUUCUACAACAACUACUGCGGUCUCAAUGCCUACCCCUCGUGGUUCAACUAUGCUGACUGGGACAACUGGGCCAAGACUGUGUCGGUCAACAAGAAUGUCAAGAUCUAUAUUGGUGCUCCAGGCGGCCCAUCUGCUGCCAGCUCAGGUUAUGUGGAUGCUGGUACGCUUCAAACCAUCUACAGCGACGUUCGUAGCAAGUACUCGAGCCUUGGUGGAAUUAUGACCUGGGAUGUCAGCCAAGCCCGUACUAGUGGACUUGCUGGCUCAAUCCGCUCGAUGCUGGAUUCGGGUGGCAGCUGUGGAUCAGCAAUGAAGCGCUCUGCUCUUGCUCUCCUUGAUCAUGAGAUGAACAUUCUGCAGAGACGUGCUGAUCCUGUAGAGGUCAGCAAGAUUACCAAGCCGAAUCUGCGUCCCAAGCCUGUCAAGGCUGCUGGCAACGUGGCUACUCGUGCUGAGUUUGUCGCUGGUGACAUCGUUGACAACAAGUACUCGACUGUUGUCAAGGUGGCGACCCUGCAGAAUGCCUUCUCUGGACACUGGUCGAUUUCGUUCACUCUUCCUGCUGGUCAGACCGUGGACUCGUCUAGCCGUGGUACUGUCAGCGUCAGUGGCAACACUGUGACUAUCAAGUCUGAUCCGGCAGCGGAGAAGGCCAAGAACAUGGCAGCGAUCUUCAAGAUCACUGGUACUUUCUCUGGCGAUUAUGCUCUGCCCGAUACCAGCUCAGCCAAGUUCACUAGCACCUGAUGUAGCCUGCAAGUGCUUAGCAUCUACAAGAGGCAUAAUAUAAUGCAAGGAUACCUUACGCAAACCCCACAUGCAAUGUCCACGUAGACCUAAUGUUGAUGAGC